UGUGUGUGUGUGUGAGAGUUCGGUGAGCUGAGCGCUGACGCCGGCAGUCUGGGCCACUUGGCCAGAGCAGAGGAAAAAGGAAAGGAAAGCAGAGGAUAAGGAGAGGGGGGUGAAACGAAACUUUCGGGCAACAUUUUCCUCCGACACAGUCUGAGGGAGCGACGUUACUUCUCCACGCUGUGGUCGAGUCCGCGUCGGCCUGCUGCUCUCUGUGGUCCCGGGUCCACACUUUUACCACCAAAGAAUGUCUUUUUGUCUUCAGAUGGAGUAGGGCAGUUCAGUGAAUUUCUCCAUGAAUGUACGUCACAAUGAUGAUGACAGACCAGAUUCCACUGGAUUUGGCUCCGCCCCCCCUCCUGAACGGGGAGGUCCCCCUAAUGCAACACAUGGUUAAUGGUGAUGCAGCACAGCAGUUGGUCCAGGUGAUCCUGGUGCAGGUGAACCCCGGGGAGACGUUUACAAUCCGAGCAGAGGAUGGUUCACUGCAGUGCAUCCAGGGUCCUGCUGAGGUUCCCAUGAUGUCCCCAAAUGGGUCAAUCCCUCCCAUCCACGUUCCUCCAGGAUACAUCUCACAGGUAUUGGAGGAUACCACGGGCGUCCGCCGGGUGGUGGUGACCCCCCAGUCUCCGGAGUGCUACCCCCCCUCCUACUCUCCAGCCCUCUCCCCCACACACCACCUGCCCCCCUAUCUGACUCACCCACACUUCAUUCCCAACUCUCACUCUUUCUACCCGCCUGUCAGCCCAGGAGAGCUGCCCCCCCACCAAUACUACCAGCACCACCUCCCCCCCAUGUACGGCGAUCCAGAUAUAAUCCCAGUUUAUGGGAUGUCCAACUUCAUAGGCAGAGAGGAGACUUACAGUAAGCCACAGCCCAAAAAGAUAAGGGAACAGAACCGGCAGAACCGACUUAAUUCCCCUCCCUCCACUCUCCACUAUAAGAGCAGCCUGGGCACGGCACACAACGGAUACAGCACCAAAUCACACACCCCACUGCUGGGGUCAGUGGGGUCAGGGGGAGGCGUCGGCAGUCCGGGAGGGAAGAAGCCCGAGAGACGACUCCGCAGCAGUCCAAGGAGCAGUGAACCAGAGACACAAACACAAGAUCAUGAUUCAGAGGGGAAGCGUGUCCAAGAUAUGCUGUCUACAAUCGACAAACCACAGGUGUCCAAUGUGCAGGCGCGGGCUGCGCGGCUCUCCUGGGCCCCCCCGGCAGGGCUGGUGCACAGGCAUACUAACGGGAUGCCCGUGUCCUGCUCCUACGAGGUCUCCCUCUCCGAUAAGGGACGAGAUGGAAAGUAUCGCCUCAUAUACAGUGGCGAAGAACUGGAGUACCAUCUCAAAGACCUAAGGCCGACAACAGACUACCACGUACGGGUCUCAGCCAUGUACAACUCGGUGCGAGGCUCAUGUUCAGAGGCCGGCUCGUUCACCACACACUGCAGCGUUCCUGACGUCCCGUUAGCCCCGAAACUCUCCCACCGCACCAAGAGCACCCUCACCUUACAGUGGAAGCCUCCUGGCGACAAUGGAUCCAAAAUCACAAACUACCUGCUUGAGUGGGAUGAGGGAAAGAAGAACAGUGUUUUCAGAGAUUGUUACUUUGGGAGCCAGAGACACUGUAAGCUGACACGACUCUUUCCUGCCUGUGGCUACACGUUCAGAGUGGCUGCACACAACGACAUUGGCACAAGUGGCUUCAGCACAGAGGUGGUGUUUUACACCAUGGGUACCCUGCCUGCUCUGCCCCUGGCACCACGGCUGGUCAGGGCUGGGGUUUCCUGGGUGACCUUGGAGUGGGGGCGACCUGAGGGGAGUCCCAGUGAGGAGCAGCUCAAAUACAUUCUUGAGAUCCAGGAGGACAACAGCGGAGCAGACUUUCAUCCAAAGUACACUGGAGAAAACUUGACUUGUACUGUACAAGGCCUGAAGAGGAGCACACAGUAUAAAUUCAGGCUCAUAGCGUCAAACAUGGAGGGGAAGAGCAGUCCCAGCGAAGUGCUGGUGUGCACCACCAAUCCUGACAAACCAGGACCUCCGUCUACACCCUGUGUCACUGCAGCGACGCCCUACGGAUUUACUGUCAGAUGGGAUCCUCCACAGGACAACGGCGGCUCAGAGACUCUCACGUACCUGUUGGAGAUCUCAGAGGGCUGCACUGAAGCGAGCCAGUGGGAGGUAGCGUACAGUGGUCCAGCGACAGAGUGCAUGUGCGAGCGCCUGACACCUGGGACCUUCUACCGCCUACGCGUGUGCAGCAUCACCACAGGGGGCCACAGCUCGUGCACUGGAAGUGUUCCGGUUCGUACAUUAAGUGUCCCGCCAGGGCCCUGCCAGCCACCAAGGAUUGUGGGUAAAGCCAAACACAAGGAAGUACAGCUAGAAUGGGACUCGCCCGUCUCUGAGGGAGUGUCCGAGGAGUGCGCGUUCAGUCUGGAGAUGAGCGAGGGAGACGCCACGCCAUCAGAGGUGUACCACGGGACGGAGUUGCAGUGCACUGUUGGCAGUCUGUUGCCCGGUGCCACGUACAGCUUCCGACUGCGGGCUGCCAACGAGGCUGGGUUGGGAGCGUACUCUGACCCGACAGAGGUGACAACUGCAGCGGGUCCUCCUGGCCAGUGUGGGGCGCCCCUCAUCACUCUCACCAACAACACUUGUAUAACGCUGAACUGGGAGAGUCCCGAGGGUUCGGGUACGGACAUCUCUGAAUAUCGCUUGGAGUGGGCAAGGGAAGAGGAACCCAUGGAGCUCAUCUACUCCGGCUCUGCCACCCUGUGUGAACUGUCAGACCUCACGCCUGCCACAGAUUACUGCUGCAGGCUACAGGCGGUGAAUCAGGCGGGCGCCGGUCCCUACAGCGAGCAGGUGAGUUUCCGGACCCCAGCAACAACUCCGGACCAGAUCUCAUCUCUCCUCCUCCUGGACCUCCCGACCUCCUCCGAGUUGGGUAACUCCCCGUCGACCUGCCUCUUCCUGAAGUGGGACGAGCCAAACAGCAACGGGGCGGAGAUCACGUCCUACGUCAUCACCGUGGACGACCAAACCAUCACUGUGGAGUCGGGGACGAGUCACCUUGUCACAGGCCUGCAGCCGGACACCGAAUACAGUGUACAGAUUCAGGCGCUGAAUUCCAUCGGCUCCAGUCCCACAAGUCCGCCACUGCUGGCGAGGACACGGCCCCUCCCUCCGGCCCCGCCCCCUCUGGAAUGCUCCGCGGCGGGCCCCCAGAGCCUGAAGCUGAAGUGGGGCGAGAACCCCAGCCACACGCGCGCCCUGCUCGCCGACGACAUGGUCUACACACUACAGAUGGAGGACAAGAACCACAGGUUUGUGACGAUCUACCGCGGCCCCAGCCACACCUACAAGGUCCAGCGGUUGACCGAGUCCAGCAGCUACAGUUUCAGAAUACAGGCCAUCAGUGACGCUGGGGACGGCCCGUUCUCAGACACGCACACCUUCUGCACCACCAAGUCUGUUCCCCCGACCCUCAAAGCUCCCAGAGUGCAACAGCUGGAGGGCAACAUGUGUGAGAUCACAUGGGAGACCAUCCCACCCAUGAGAGGGGAUCCUGUGAGCUAUGUGCUGCAGGUGCUGGUGGGACGCGAGUCUGAAUACAAGCAGGUCUUCAAGGGAGAGGAGGGCCUGUUCCAGAUCUCUGGUCUCCAGGGCAACACGGACUACCGCUUCCGCGUGGGCGCCUGCCGCCGCUGCCAGGACACGUGCCAAGAACUGUGCGGACCGCUGAGCCCCUCGUCCCUGUUCGCGCUGCGACGCCAGGAGUCGGCGGCGUCGGGAGACUCGUGUGCCGCGGACACGGGCAAGGGGGCGGGCCUGAUCUCGAGUGACGAGCGCUUCGCGGCGCUGAUCGUGUGCGUGUUCGCGGGCUUCUCCAUCCUCAUCGCCUGCCUGCUGCAGUACUUCUUCAUGAAGUGAGGGAAUUUUUUACUAAAAGGAUAGAAAGAGAAAGCUAAAUCACAGAGAAACUUUUAAGAGAGAAAAAAAAAAAAGUCUAUGAAAGAACCGAACGAAAUCAAAACAAACACUUGAGAUGUACUUUUAAGGCUAUAUAUGUUUUUUUUGUUUGUUGUUUUUUUUGUUUUCUUUUUAGUAUGAAUUCAGGCUCUUUCCUUCACCUCGUUCCCGUCGUCUUCUGCCGUCACUCGGGUUUGGUCUCAUUUCUCUCUCCGUCUGUCGUCUCUGACUCGACGUCCGUUUCAUUUGUCAAUGAAUUUCAAGGAUUUCUGGCUGAGGAAAGCCUGAAAAACUGAGAAAUCAAGCCUUAAGAAUAGCUGUGAGCAAAGCAGUUGCUCCUCAGACUGACUUGCAUGUUCUCAUUUUUGUAUUUUUUCUUUCCUUUUCCUUCACAUAUUCGAUUUAGAGAACGUGUAUAUUUUCUGGACAG